AUGUCUGCCGAGGCCGUGACCGGAUCACAGGCCCUCAGCGAGGCCCAAGCCUUUGGCCUCUUGUUGGCAUACUGCGUCGUCUAUGUGCUCCCUUUGCACAUAUAUCCUGCCGCCAGGGCCAUUCCCGGGCGCUCCCGUGACGACCCUGCCGCCAUCCGGGCCCGCAUCCGUGUAGUGUCCCUCUCCACGGCUGCCUGCUCGCUCGCCACGUUGCUCUUCCUGCUUGCCGCCAGCCCUGCAGAGCCGGCGGCGGAGGCGUCGACGACGAUGAACCCCUGGCGCCUCAUGGGUUACUGGCCACCGGGCCUCCUUGAAACGGCCAAGGCCCUCGCCCUCACUGCCCUGCUUUUUGCCGCGCCUCUGUACGAACACGUCGUCGUCGAUGGUGCUUGGUCCCGCUGGCUGCAUCUGGAACCGCUCGUGGACGUCUGGGUCGCGUGGCCCUCGUGGAGAAACUACGUCGCUGGCCCGAUAACUGAGGAAUGUCUGUUUCGCUCCGCCUCGGUGCCGCUUCUGCUGUCGGCUGGCCAUACCAUGGAGAGCGCAGUCUUCCUCUCGCCUCUAGUCUUUGGUCUGGCUCACGUCCAUCAUUUCUACGAGUUUCGUCAGACAAACCCUCAGGUUCCUGUCAUCGCUGCUCUUGCGCGCUCCGUUCUGCAGUUCGCGUACACCUACCUGUUUGGCAUAUACGCCACCUUCAUCUUCUUGCGGACCGGCUCACUCCUCGCCGUCGUUCUCGUGCAUACCUUUUGCAACAGUAUGGGACUGCCCCGUCUCUGGGGCCAUGUUGAGCCCUACUGGUACUCUUGGAGGGAGUUGACCGAUUCGACAAAGCCAGGCCCCUGGAUGUGGACGGCCAUAUAUUACUUCCUCCUGUUUGGCGGCGUUAUGACCUUUUAUCGACAGCUUUACCUCUUGAGCGAAUCACCUUUGGCUCUAGCUGAUUUUUAA